CCACAUUUAUAGAAUACAAAUUCUUCCUUCCAGCUGUCAGAGGUUUAACUGUCAUCGCGUGUCUCACGAGUCUUUCUUUUCGAUUGUUCCUUCCAUAUUGAACGAUCAGCCGCGUGUUGUACUCUAAUCAAAUAAGCAAAAAUGGCAUUGCGACCAGCAUACAAACCGAAGAUCGUAAAGAAGCGGACGAAGAAGUUCAUCCGUCAUCAGUCUGACCGAUAUGACAAACUUGCCCCAAACUGGCGCAAGCCGAAAGGUAUUGACAACCGAGUGCGUCGUCGCUUCAAGGGUCAGUACCUGAUGCCCAACAUUGGUUACGGUUCGAACAAGCGUACUCGUCAUAUGCUCCCGAAUGGUUUCAAGAAAUUCCUGGUCCACAACGUGCGCGAGCUGGAGGUGCUGCUGAUGCAGAACCGUGUCUACUGCGCCGAGAUUGCCCACGGAGUGUCCUCCAAGAAGCGCAAAGUGAUUGUUGAGCGCGCGAAGCAGUUGGCCAUUGCCGUGACGAACCCGAACGGCAGACUGCGCUCGCAGGAGAACGAGUAAGCUAUUUACUUUCGAUUCGCGUGGGAGGGUCACUGCUAUCUGUACACACAUACGCUUGGGUUUUUGUAUGUAAUAAUUGCUAAUAAGUGGAAUAUAAAAAAGCGUUCAAACAUA